GCCUCCGGCCCGGGCGUCGCGUCGCGUCCAGUCCCGUCCGGUCCCGUCCGGUUUCGUCCGGUCCCGUCCGGUCCGGUGAGGAUGAAGCAGAGCUCCGCCGUGCCGGCCUUCCUCAGCAAGCUGUGGACGCUGGUGGAGGAGGCCCACACCAACGAGUUCAUCACCUGGAGCCAGAAUGGCCAGAGUUUCCUGGUGUUGGACGAACAGCGGUUUGCAAAAGAAAUCUUGCCCAAGUACUUCAAGCACAACAACAUGGCGAGCUUUGUGAGGCAGCUGAACAUGUACGGCUUCCGCAAGGUGGUCCACGUGGACUCGGGGGUGGUGAAGCAGGAGCGCGAUGGCCCGGUGGAAUUUCAGCACCCGUAUUUCAAGCAGGGCCAGGAUGACCUGCUGGAAAACAUUAAGAGGAAGGUGUCCUCCUCCAAACCCGAAGAGAACAAAAUCCGCCAGGAGGACUUAUCGAAAAUCAUCAGCAGCGCCCAGAAGGUUCAGGUGAAGCAGGAGACCAUCGAGUCCAGGCUGUCGGCCCUGAAAAGGGAGAACGAAUCUCUCUGGAGGGAGGUGGCCGAACUUCGAGCCAAGCACACGCAGCAGCAGCAGGUCAUCCGGAAGAUUGUCCAGUUCAUCGUGACGCUGGUGCAGAAUAAUCAGCUGGUGAGCUUAAAACGUAAAAGGCCUCUCCUGCUCAAUACCAACGGCACCCCCAAGACCAACCUGUUCCAGCAGAUCGUGAAGGAACCGGCCGAAAACAACCAUCACAAGCCUUCCCACAGUAGGCCCGAGGGUAUAAAGCAAAGGGAGCAGAUUUCCGACGACAUCAUCAUUUACGACAUCACCGACGACAUGGCGGACGAUAUCACAGAUGAAGAGAAUGCCCCGGUGACUCCCGAAACCACCGAGGACGGCCGAUCUGACGAGUCCAACUGCAGCCACUCCCCCGACAUCGUCAUCGUGGAAGACGACAACGAGGACGACUUCGCCCCCGUGGUCCAGAGCGGGGAGAAGCCCCCCGAGCCGCCCGGCGACCCCCUGAGCCCCGCCGGCGACGCCAGCAGCCCCCUCAUGUCCAGCGCCGUCCGGCUGAACGGCCCGUCCGCCCUGACCGCCGAGGACCCCGUCUCCAUGAUGGACUCCAUCCUCAACGAGAACAUCAACCUCCUGGGGAAAGUCGAGCUCCUGGAUUACCUGGACAGCAUCGACUGCAGCCUGGAGGAUUUCCAGGCCAUGCUCUCGGGGCGGCAGUUCAGCAUAGACCCGGAUCUGCUGGUGGACCUUUUCACUAGCUCUGUUCAGAUGAAUCCCACAGAUUACAUCAAUAACCCAAAAUUGGAGACCAAAGGUUUGGAAGCCACCAAGGCUAGCGGGGCGCAGCCCGCUUCCGAGGGCGCGAAGCACUCGAAGCCCAAAUCUGAUCAGCAGCUGAUCCAGUACACGGCCUUCCCGCUGCUGGCCUUCCUGGACGGGAGCCCCGCCUCGGGCGCGGAGAACGGGGCCGAGGGGCCGGCCCCCGCGGACAAGGCCCCGGGGGUGGACGAGCUCCUGGACGGCGGGCCGGACCCCGAGCCCACCCAGAGCAAGCUGGUGCGGCUGGAGCCCUUGACCGAGGCGGAGGCCAGCGAAGCCACCCUCUUCUACCUGUGCGAACUGGCCCCCGCGCCCCUGGACGGCGACAUGCCCCUCUUGGAGAAUUAGAAGCCCCCCCCCCGGUCCGUCCCCCUCGCCCGCCGACCCCUUCCCGGAGGGCGAGUGUGUGUGUGUGUGUGUGUGUGUGCGCGCGCGCGUGUGGGUAUUCAUCAAAAUGAUGAAGUAUUUAUUUCAGAGUAUCACCCGGUACUUUUUUUUUUCUUUCUUUCUCAUCGGUUUGUUUUGUAAAUGGCUUCCGUCCCGUGUCGUCGGGCACCGUGGGUUUCCCGUUGGCGUGUCCCCUGCCCCCUGGUCCGUAGCCGCACGGGUCGCUCCGACGAAGCUUUCAGAUGGUCCCCAGCCGGGUUGACGUACGAGGCUCCUUAGGUGGGAUUCAGGUCGCCCUGCCGAGGGUUCCCCUGCUUCCCGGUAACUGCAGUGGAUGUAUCUCGUUUGUUUUUUAAGCCCGUGUUUUCACGACUCCAGUUCAUCAGACUUCGGUUUGAUCAUCGUUCAUUAGUAACUUGCGUCCUGCCCGUUGAGGGUCUCCCUUUUGCCGGCCUCUCGAGAAGGGGAUGGUAUUCCAACCGCUUUCCCCAUGGCAGUUUUCAUUUUUUUUUUUUAAUCAGACUUAAGUUUGAUCAUCGUUCAUUAGUAACUAGUGUCCUGCCCGUCAGAGGGCAUUGAGGGUCUCCUUUUUGCCGGCCUCUCAAGAAGGGGAUGGUACCCCAUGGCAGUUUUCAUUUUUUUAAAAUCAGACUUCAGUUUGCUCAUCGUUCAUUAGUAACUUGUGUCCUGCCCGUCAGAGGGCAUUGAGGGUCUCCUUUUUGCCGGCCUCUCGAGAAGGGGAUGGUACCCCGUGGCAGUUUUCAUUUUUUUAAAAAUCAGACUUAAGUUUGAUCAUCGUUCAUUAGUAACUAGCGUCCUGCCCAUCAGAGGGCAUUGAGGGUCUCCUUUUUGCCGGCCUCUCGAGAAGGGGAUGGUAUUCCAACUGCUUUCCCCGUGGCAGUUUUCAUUUUUUUUUUUUUAAUCAGACUUGUUUGAUCAUCGUUCAUUAGUAACCAGUGUCCUGCCCGUCAGAGGGCAUUGAGGGUCUCCUUCUUGCAAGCCUCUCGAGAAGUGGAUGGUAUUCCAACCGCUUUUCCCCAUGGCAGUUUUCAUUUUUUUUUAAAUCAGACUUCAGUUUGCUUAUCAUUCAUUAGUAACUUGUGUCCUGCCCAUCAGAGGGCAUUGAGGGUCUCCUUUUUGCCGGCCUCUCAAGAAGGGAAUGGUAUUCCAACCGCUUUCCCUGUGGCAGUUUUCAUUUUUUUUUUAAUCAGACUUCAGCUUGAUCAUAGUUCAUUAGUAACUAGUGUCCUGCCCGUCAGAGGGCAUUGAGGGUCUCCUUUUUGCCGGCCUCUCGAGAAGGGAAUGGUAUUCCAACCGCUUUCCCUGUGGCAUUUUUCAUUUUUUUUUUAAUCAGACUUCAGCUUGAUCAUAGUUCAUUAGUAACUAGUGUCCUGCCCAUCAGAGGGCAUUGAGGGUCUCCUUCUUGCUGGCCUCUCAAGAAGGGGAUGGUACCCCAUGGCAGUUUUCAUUUUUUUUAAAUCAGACUUCAGUUUGCUCAUCGUUCAUUAGUAACUUGUGUCCUGCCCGUCAGAGGGCAUUGAGGGUCUCCUUUUUGCCAGCCUCUCGAGAAGGGGAUGGUACCCCAUGGCAGUUUUCAUUUUUUUUAAAUCAGACUUCAGUUUGAUUAUAGUUCAUUAGUAACUAGUGUCCUGCCCGUCAGAGGGCAUUGAGGGUCUCCUUUUUGCCGGCCUCUCAAGAAGGGGACGGUAUUCCAACCGCUUUCCCCGUGGCAGUUUUAAUUUUUUUUUAAUCAGACUUCGGUUUGCUCAUCAUUCAUUAGUAACUUGUGUCCUGCCCGUCAGAGGGCAUUGAGGGUCUUCAUUUUGCCGGCCUCUCGAGAAGGGGAUGGUAUUCCAACCGCUUUCCCCGUGGCAGUUUUCCCUUUUUUUUUUCUUUUUAAACUCGACUUUUCCAACUGGGAACGUAAAGUGCCUGUAUCCAGAAAUGUUCCGUCGGUUGUAUCGCCCUCCCCUGCCCUCAUCCCCUUCCUUCCCUCCUCGGGGACUCGGAGGAGCUCAGGAGCUCCGACGAAAGAAUCGAUGGGUGGGAUUUGGGGGGGAACCGCACUCCGGGGCGGAAAUUAACCGAGCUUCUCGCGGGGGCCUAGCUUACGUGGGGUGUCGUGGGGACCCUUGCCCCGUCCCCGAUGGGAUGGAUUUUAAAGGCUCGGAACUCCGUGUUUUAUCAGUAUGAUGGCCUCAGCCGCUAGUCCGGCAUUUAUUCUUCCUGCCUAGCCUGUCACCUUUUUCCCCCUGCCCGUUGUUUUGUCUCGUACCGCUUUCGUCUUCGGAGGCCCGUGUAACUCGGGGCCCUCCGAAGCCUAGUUCUCGCACCGAGCGUUAGCAAACAUCGUUCCGGGGCCUCCGAUAAUCGAGACGGUGAAUUCCGUGCCCCAGCUCGGCUCCGUUAGCGUCUCCACCAAGGGAAUUAAUCACUUUCAUUCCAAUCCCAGCCCCUCGAAGGCGUCCCAGAUGGAAAGGAUCCCCUCAGCCGCUCUCCGCCAAGGAGAGGCAGAGUCGCCUUAGCUCUGCAGCCCUCCCCGCCGCCCGCAUACUCUCUUCCCCACCGCGGUGUUCCUGCUUCUCUCGGAAAACUUCCACCGUGAUUGUCUCGACUUAUUUUUGAUACUUUAAAAACGGCGCCCGGACUUGGGGACCCCGAGGGGAACCGCGGAUCGUCAACGCGUCUUCCGGCCGAGUCGGGAUGCGCCUCCACGGUCGGGGAGGAUUGGGCGCCUUUGACACAAUCCGGAUCCCGUCCCGAAGGUAGAAGCGAACCAAAAAAAAAACGUUUGUGGCUGGAGACGGGUCGUUGCCUACUUUUAGCUGGAAUAAAUGGUUAAAGUUUUCAUUGUUCAA